CUUCUAAACGGCAGUUCUGGAAACAGGCCUGGAAGUUGGCUGUGGGGGCUGCGUGCCAACGGUGGGAGCUGUGCGCCGCGCUCCGGGCAGGGAAGUCUCCUUCGUGUGCUCUUUGGAUGAACAACAGUUCCAAGCUGCAUCAUCCUCAUUUCUUCUUGGCAGUUCCUGAGGAAACGAGGAGUAAUAUCUUGGAACGCCUGUCAGAACACCGGCGAGGCCGUCAUGAUGAAGCACUAACCUCAAUGUACCAUGAGCUUGCUUUCAUUGCCAGGGAGAUGGAACCCUUUGUUUUGGAGCCUGGAAAAUUCCUUCUGACAAAACUGAUGGAAUCCGAUAGAAAAAUUAAACUUCUGUUCAAAAAGAUUGAGUUUGACACCACUCUGGAAGGUUUCUCGAUUGAAGGUUUGGAAGAACUGUGGAGUACCAUCCACCAGGAAUCCUUAACCAGAAGGAAGUGGAUUAAGGAAAUGAAUGAAUCCCUAAAAAAGGUUGAAAGAAGUCGAGCUGAUCAAGUGAGCUCUGUACUGAGGAAGUAUACUAUGAUACUGGAAAACAUUUCCUUCUUCUUGUCAGCUGAUGUUUACAGGUUCAUGAACGAUGAGGCCAUGCUGAUUAACAGAGCACUGUUGGCUAAUCAGAGGGCAAUUGCCAAGCUGUUCUUUAAUCUAAUGAAAUCAGAGCUGAAGAAGGAAUUAUUCCAUCGAUUGAAAUGGCAAGACAGAGUCAAGGACUGGAAGCUCAUCCAAAAGAACUGUAUAGUUCACAGUUUCAGAGAAUUUAUGGCAAAUGAAGAAAUACAGAAUCCCCCGUCUGUGAAAGCAGAAAUGGAAAAUAUGAUAACAGAUCAGAUUUUACUCAGCGAAAGGAGACUGGAGUUUUUGCAGCACCUGGGUGAUUUGUUGCCUCCAACACACACAAAAGCUGAGACAAGUGAAUGGUACAGAUCUUUGGUGAAUAUAAACAAAAGUAUAGAUACCUACAAUGUGCAGUGUAUGAGGAAAAUACGCAUUCAGUACAAGAGAGUCCAGCAGACGUGUUUGGCAGCAAUGCAGCAACACAAGAAUAACUUGUUGAAUCUAAACAUUUGCACAAAAGAAGAGGCUGAAGAAAUUGUGAAUUCAGACUUUCUUCAGUUGACUGAGAAACUAGAAAAUCACUUUGAAGAAGAACUGAAGCAUAUGGAUAGAGACUUUGAGGAGCUGGCUAAACAGCAUGAGCAGAAUUGUAAAGACUUGUACAGCUAUUUUCAGGAGGCCAUGGGUCUCUGGGAUAUUCAUCAGCUCAAACUGUCCCAGCGGGAAGAUGAACUUCAGAAGAAAUUAGAUGAAUGCAGGCGGGAACAUGAUAACUUAACUCAGAUGCUGGAAGCUAAUCUGGAUAUAAUUUUGGAUAAAAUGAGAAGAGAAAGCUCUGAAGAAGAUCUGAAGAAAUAUUUGGAGAAUGCAUUUUCUUCUUUAGAUGACAUCAGAGCUAGAUAUGAGACCUUCAACCAAGUUCUAAUGGAUAAAGUAAUGGCUUACCCAGAAGCUGUUUUGCAGGAGUUGAUUUCUUAUAGUAUAUCCAUCAGCCAAUAUUUUAAUGUGAAAGAAAUCUUCAAACAGAACUUGCAAGGAAAGACAGGCUCCACUCUUCAAGAUCAAGGUAAUACCUCAAUGGUGCAAACAGAACUAGUUAGGGCUUCAGAAGCUGAAUGCCUGGUGGAGCAGCAAGCUGAGAGCAGUGUGCAAGAAAAUGAAGGAGAGGAAAAUAUGAACAGUUGUCAACAGGAAAAUGAAGAAACAAACAUAGCGGAGAAUGAGGAGAUUUUUGCUCAGGAAACUGAAAAAAAGGAGGAAAAUGAAGAUGAGGAAAGUAUUCCUCAUGAAAGUGAAGAAACUGAGCAUGCAGAGCAAGGGGUUAUGUUCAACUGCAGCAAGGCAAGGAGCUCUGAAAUUGCCAUUGAGACUUUUUCCACUUCUAGUGGCAACUCUUACACAGUUCUUGGAGUUGAAGGGGCAGGAAAGACUGGCAUCCCAGAGACUUACUUUACAAAAUAUGAACAAAAAGAAUCACUUCCUGUAUACCUCAAAUACAUACUUCUCAAAGAAAAAGUGUUUGUAGAGCUGAAAAAACGGAUUCGCCUCUGCUUUUUUGAACACUUAGAGAAAUGGUUUGCAGAGUCCUUGUCCAACUCCUGUGUCUUUGUGGCUGCCAAGAAAGAGGAGUUGAAUUCAGAACUUCAGCUGCGUCUUCAUUUCCACCAGCAGAAGCAGGAGAACAUAGAGACAAAUAUCUACAGUGUUAGAGCUGUGGAACUGUUGCUUCACAAAGAGCGCCUGGAAUGCCACUGCGCAGGGGUGGGGGAGGCUCUGGAAAAGGAGAGAGCUGAAUUUCUCAGAUUUUGUGAGCAGCAAGAUAACAUGUGCAAAAACUUAGAAUCACGUCUCCAUGACAUGGAGUCUGUCUUCCUCAGUGCUCCUAUGACUGAGAAGUUAGUUUCUUUCAGCAACAAUCUGCACUCAGAGCUACAUAAUCAUCUGGAAAUGAUCCAGGUUUCCCUGAGGAGUUACCGCAACUAUUUGGAGGAAGCUUUUGGAAAAUUAAGAGAUUCAAAUGUGGCUUUUCUUAAAGCUUGCAGAUUAUUUUUGGAGGGAGGUAACUUUUCUCCUGAGGAGGUGAAGUCCUUCAGCAAGCGUCUUCAGGAGGAGAGUGUGCAUAUUGAUGCUUUCGAAGGUUUAAUCAAGACAGAUAUGGAGAAAAUGGAAUCGAGCUGCCUGGAGCAAGCUACUGAACUUAUCCACCAGUCUGAAACGAAAUUCCAUUAUCUCUUUAUGAAUCGAGUCUUUAUGGAGAAGAUCCAACAAUUUUUGACAAAUCUACGAGUGCGAAUCAAGUCAGAGGUAGCAAAUUCCAAUUUGCAGGCAAUGGCAUUAAACUCUUAUCUGGAGAAGCUUCGUCAAAAGGUAGAUGCUUGUGCCCAUCCUACUGCAGAUGCUAAAGCCUUGACUUCAGAAGAGUUGUAUGAUUUUGCCAAAGUAGCGUUGAAAGGUCUGAAAAAGAGGAGCCAGUAUCUCGACUGCUUGCUAGUAAAAGCAAUGAGCCUGCAGGAGAAUGAAGACUUUACCCCUCUUGCAAUGGAUGUUACAUUACAGGAUCCAAUUGCUGUUGGCACUCGAACACAGUGUCUCAAAGAUGAGAACAAAGUGAUGGUGAUGGGGCUGGAUCCUGUCAAAUUUCCUUUGUUAAAUCCAAGCAGAAUGGGAAAAUCUGCAGUUGAUGAUUUAGGAAUAAGUGUUAUCAAAAAUUUACUUGAAAUACAGAAGUACACCAGACCAGUUCUCAGUGACAAGGAAUUCCAGAUAUUUGAAGAGAAGCCUCCAGAAUCUGAUACUUUUAAGGGGAUUAUCAUGAAUAUUCUCUGGACAGGUAACAACGGCUUGCUCUGCCUUGCUGAGGAGUUUUACCAAAAAGAGAAGCCUCAAGUCACAAAAAUCACAAUGCCCGAAGAUCUGCCAGAGACAUUUGAACAUUGUGCAGAAGUGCUCAGACAGAAUCUUUUGUCAUACCACAGUCAGACAGAUGAUUACUACAAUUCCUGUCUUAUAGAAUUUCAGGAUCAGCUGAAGUCGUUUGAGAAGGAGCUCUCUUACGUCUCCCUGUUGGCGGUUCAAAGCCUUUUCAAAGAACAUGAGCAGAAGCUCCACUAUUCCACUGGUCAGAUUCGGCUGCUCUUCAGUAAACAGCUGGAAGAGUGGGAGAACCUGCAGGCUGCACACAAGAAUCAGUUACAUCCCUCCCUGGGACACCCAGACAACUUGCUGCAGCUGGAUGCUUUGUGUCAAGAAGAACUAAAAAGGCAAAAAGAGCAACGUGAUGGUAUUCACCUCAACAUGCAGAUGCUGCAGGACUGUGCUGCUGAGUGUGCUCAGAACUUUGUUUCUGCACUAGCUGCCUUCACUGAAAAGCUGCUUCUUGAAUUAGAUGAAAGUGUCACUGCUGAUGAUGUACAAGUACCAAAAAUUGAAAUGUCGAGAGAGAAAACAUCCACUCUAAUGCGCUGUAAACAAGCUGGACUUCCCCUUGAAAUCUGUGAAGUUAGAGAGAUAAGUGGACGUGGGAGCAGGACUUGGCCAGGAAUACCCUUGACUACUCUUGCAGACAAUGCAGACUAUGUUCUUUGCAGGGAAACUGCAUCAAUUACAACAGCUAAGACUACACUGGGCCAUGUAGCAGCAGUAGAAGCAAGAGAUGCUGUAUAUAAGACAUACAAACGUAAUCUUGAGCAGCAGUUUGCCCAGAUCAAGGAAGAAAGUACAGCUCAGCUGCGGGCAAUUCAGCAUUGGGAAGAGUGGUGGAAACGAUCCAUCCAGAAGAUAAAACAACUCUAUAGAUGA